AAAUGUUUAUAUAGAUUUUUGAGUAGGCGAAAUGCUGCAUAAAAAUGAUGAUGUCAGACACGCCAUGUUGUUACAUUAUAUGUUAGAACGGCCUGCCAUACUUGCCGGUCUGGUAAACACGUGCCUUCUGUGUUUUGAUCCAGGCUGGUUCCUCUGGCCGUGGCUCGUGUCCGUUAGCUCCAUGCUGUCUGCACUCACCGCCGGUUAGCGGUGAUCAUGGCGGGCCCAUGAGGCGGGGAGCGGGGCUGUGUUUAGGAAAAGCCGGGUGCAGUGUCACGGACAUGGCCGGGGUUUUUGACAUCGAUUUGGAUCAACCGGAUGAGAAUGUCUCUGACGACGAACCUGAGGACGGGGUCUUCCAGGUUCGAAAAGUGACAGGUGCAGGCGCUGGGAAGAUAUUUGCUAUGAAGGUUUUGAAGAAGGCAAUGAUUGUGCGGAAUGCGAAGGACACGGCACACACCAAAGCUGAGAGGAGUGUUUUGGAGGAAGUGAAGCAUCCUUUUAUUGUUGACCUCAUCUARGCCUUCCAGACAGGAGGGAAGCUCUACCUCCUUUUAGAGUAUCUGAGUGGUGGGGAGCUGUUCAUGCAGCUGGAAAGAGAAGGUAUCUUCAUGGAYGAUACAGCAUGGACAUGUGAAACUGACAGAUUUCGGUCUGUGUAAAGAAUCCCUUCAUGACGGGACAGUCACCCACACUUUCUGUGGCACCAUUGAAUACAUGGCUCCAGAGAUCCUAAUGAGGAGUGGACAUAAUCGAGCUGUAGACUGGUGGAGUCUGGGAGCGCUAAUGUAUGACAUGCUUACAGGAGCACCUCCAUUCACUGGUGAAAACCGAAAGAAGACAAUUGAUAAAAUCUUGAAAUGCAAACUCAACCUUCCACCUUACCUCACUCAAGAAGCUAGGAAUCUUCUAAAAAAGCUGCUUAAACGAAGUGCCUCAUUACGACUCGGGGCUGGACCAGGAGAUGCUGCUGAGGUCCAGGCUGAACCAUUUUUCCGGUAUAUAAACUGGGAUGACCUUCUCGCUCGUAAAGUUGAGCCUCCAUUUAAACCAUUUCUGCAAUCAGCCGAUGAUGUAAGUCAGUUUGAUUCAAAGUUCACCAGCCAGACUCCAGUAGACAGCCCUGAUGACUCCACACUCAGCGAAAGUGCUAAUCAAGUCUUCCUGGGUUUCACAUACGUAGCUCCUUCUGUGCUGGAAAACCUUAAAGAGAAAUUUUCCUUCGAGCCAAAGGUCCGCUCACCURGGAAGUUCCCUGGAAGCCCAAGAACACCUAUGAGUCCACUGAAGUUUGCAGGAGGGGACUGCUGGCCUCAGGGACCCUCGCUGUCCACCCUGUCCCCUGGCAUAGACCAGUCCCUGGAGCAAAUGGACACGAGCAGCAGCAGCACUGAGACGUCAGCUCCUCUCCCCAUCAGACAUCCUGCAGGCAUGAACACAGAGCCGUACAGAAAACAGACCUAUCCCAUGAACUUAAAGCGACCAGAACACCUGCGGAUGAACCUAUGAKACCUGGCUGGCCUGACAACUUUAGCUUUUUUAUAUAUACAUUUAUAUAAUUUCUCUUUUCUUUUUGGAAUUUUCUUAGACCUGAAAAAAAAAAGGUUUAAAACUUGACACUGUCACCGCUGAUCAGCAGUGUUGUGUCUUUGCUCCUGAACAGUUGAAGCACAGCUGAUGUCAGAGGACACAGCUGCUCUGACAGAGAAGCUGUGUCCUCUGACAUCACUGAGUAACGGUGGUGAAAUGAACUUGAUAUGAUUUACUGGUGCUCUUUAUCCUGUAAUCUGCUGUUACUGGUGUUUAAGACAGAAUGUUUGUAUCGCCCUCAGCUUGCCUUUUCAUUACCAAGUCAGACUCAAGUUUUCUGGCCACACAUUUGGAGACUGAUCAGAUGAUGGUUACACAGCAAAUAGUUCAGUUUUUUUUGCGUUGCUUUGUGUGACGAUCAGGAGUGUGUAGAGCCUGACCAAUAAGAAUCAUCUUUAAAAGAAUCCUUGAUUAGUUGUAACAUUAGACUUCAUUUGAUAAACAUUUAUUUUAACUGUAAAAU